AACUAUCACACAGUAGUGAGACGUUGAGGCAACAGGUGUUAUAGUCUUAGAUAUAACACGUGUAACUUUAAAUUAAGUUUUUAAAGUUAUUUUGUGACGAGUUAAAACGGAAAUGCAGAGCUUCUAUGAAAACAAACGGGUAUUCAUUACCGGCGGAAGUGGUUUCCUGGGAAGAGUAAUACUCGAACACUUGCUUCGUAAAACAGAGGUGAAAUGCAUAUAUAUGCUGAUCCGCCCCAAGCAUGGCACCACAGGUGAGGAGCGCAUCAAGGCAAUUCUUUCCGAGCCGCUUUUCGUCAAAGUUAGAGAGCUAAAACCGCAGGUGCAUACACUCAUUACACAGAUUAAUGGCGAUUGCGCCCAACCAAAUUUGGGUAUCUCGCCUGAGGACCGCGAAGUACUAACGACAAAUGUAGACGUGAUUAUCCAUUGCGCAGCCACAGUACGUUUCAACGAACCACUCUAUAACGCCCUCAUUCUGAAUGUCGGCGCUACGAAGACCAUAUUGGAAUUAGCAAAGGAAAUUUCGCAACUGAAGUCUUUCGUACACGUUUCCACUGCCUUCUCUAACUGCAUUUUGCCACACAUAGAUGAAAAAUACUAUCCGGAAAUCCUUGGUAUCAGCGCUAAUAAAGCACUUAAAAUAGCCGAACACUUAGGACCGGAACUAACUAACAUUUUGGAAAAGCAUUUAUUGGGUCGCUUUCCAAACACUUAUACCUUAACGAAAGCGCUGGCCGAAGAGCUGAUUUUAAGUGAAGCCGGCACACUGCCGAUUUGCAUUUUUCGUCCAGCCAUCAUUACCCCCACAUAUGCAGAGCCCACACCCGGGUGGGUGGACAAAUACGCUGGCGCGAUCGGUACUUCAUACGCUAUUGCUCAGGGAAUGAUGCGUGUUCUGCAUAUACACAGCAAUAAGCGGUCAUUGUUGGUACCAGUGGACUUUUGCGCGAACACGGUUUUGGCCUGUGGCUACAAAACUGGUCAACUAGAAAAGGUCGAAAAAGAAAAAAGUAAACCCUUGAUCUACAAUUUUGUGCCAGAUGAAAGUAAUGGAAUUAAUUGGGGUACUGUGAUAGACGCCGGUGCUCACUAUGGGAGAAAGUAUCCCUUCUCGAACAUCAUAUGGUACCCAUUCAUUGUGAAAGUCCAAACGGCGAAACUCCAAACUAUUUUGGCGUUCUUUUUACACAUCAUACCCAGCUACAUGCAAGAUAUAUUAUUGCGUUUGCAUGGCAAGAAAACGCGAAUGGUAUAUUUGAAUCAAAAGCAAGAACAGUCCCAAGAAAUUUUUAACUAUUUCAAAACAAACGAGUGGACUCACGGCACUACGAAUAUCAAGAACUUGUGGCAAUCUCUCACGCCUGCGGAGCAGUCUAAAUUUAAUUUCAACAUGUCUGGUGUAUGUUGGAAACAAUAUCUAAACGUCAUUUCAUUUGGUAUACAACGUUACUUAGUUGGGGAAGAUGACGAAACUAUGUCGAAAGCGAUGAAGCGCCUAAAAAAGUUUCAAUUUAUUCACCAAUCAUUACUGGCUUUAAUAGUGACGGGACUUACACUGUAUUUAUUGUGGCAUUUUAUUGCAUAGAGCAACGGUACUUAAAUACCAACUAUUUUAGUACAAUAAAAAGUAUUGCAAAAUAAUAAGUUACGACAAUUUACUGCGGCGUAGUUUUGAAUGGCUAACGGGUAUAAAACCAGAAAUCACUACUUUUUGAAUAAAAAUUAAAUUUUUAAAAAAGUAAUCAGACUUGUUAUAUACAAUAAAAUAUAUAGUUUUCAUUGGA